AUGGAUCAAUGGUUCAUCCAGAAGGCGAGCUUUAGUAGGCCCAAUUUCGCCCGACAAAAAUGCAACAGAAUCCUAGCAGAUCUUGUCUCAAACGACACCUCGCCUGCAUCUGCUGCGGAAGCAAUCCUGGACUCCGUCGGCAUGUCGUCGUCGAAGCCUGAAGAUGAGGGAUUUGACGUCGUGCGGUUGUUGCUAGAAACAGUAGCUGAGUUCUCGGAAUCGCACGACGCUAUCAUCAAACUUCUUUUCGCUAUCCGUGAUAUACCUCCCUCACCAAACCCAGUUUACAACUACCUCGCCUCGAUACAUCGUGAAGACUACGAUGGCUUGUCAGGGUUAAGAUACCUUUGGAACCCGGAAGAUAAGCAAGCGCCAACACCAACCACACCUGGUGAUAGGUGGGUCAGUUAUAACGUCUUUACUGUGAAGCUGGCCAAGUCCGGUUUUGACAAUGGAUAUUUUAUCUUUGGUUUCUUUUGUCUUCGGCAGACGCUUGAGACGAGUCGACAGUCACGGGAGUUAGAUUUUGACAAACAUCUCCGCCCAACCUCAUUCAAACAUUCUGCCAUCAAUGCUGAAGAGCUCAUGAGCUACGACUUGGUGGUGGCUGCAAAGUGGGUCUUGGUGGGGGGACUUGAUAUGUACAGGCGGGGAAACACGGUGUUCGGGAAAGGUUGGGAGAGGGGUUUGGCGGUGAAAACAGACUUGUGGGACGGUGAGCCAGGUUUGUCACGUGGGCGAUGGCUGCUGUGGCAAAGCAGAUUCGAUCACUUUGCUGAUCAACCACAUGUUCGUGAGGAAGUUGGGGCGCUGUCAAAAGAGGCUUCUAUCGCAAUUGGAGAAUUUAUGAUCGAGUAA